ACAUUACUUUUUAUUUUUAUUACUUACACAUCUAAUGAACCUGACCAUCUUCAUGUCUCAACUUGGUAAAUUUCUUCUAAGUUGUGUCCUCACACAAUUGGGCCUUUCACUGAUAGCGUGUACGUAUAUAACGUGAUUGUUUAACAAACAACCAGUAUGUCCUCAGAUGAAGUAGUAUCGCGCGCAGUGGAAUAUUUAUUAGCAGAAGCAAAAUAUGUAUGUUCUCUUGACGAAAAAUCUCUCGCUAAAGCAAAAAAGGAACUGAACGAAAAUCCAAAUGAAAGACAGGCGGCCGUGGAGCAACUUAGAGAAUGGAUUCUACAGCAGCCCCAUUUCAAAUGCUGCACGGAUACACGUUUCCUAUUGAUGUUCCUUAGAAGAAGUGCAUUCAGUCAGCUAGAAGCCAGAGCUCUCAUUGAGAAUUAUGUUGCUGUAACCUGCACCAAGUUGGCAUUCUGGGGAAAAGACAUCGACAUUCAUCGUGAAAGUUUGAAAGCAGUGUUUGAAUUCGGUAUGUUCAAUCCGCUUCCUAUUCCUGACGAUGAAGGAAGACGCAUCAUCAUCGUUAGAGCAGGAAGCAUAACAAGCGGUAUGGGAUUUACUAACUCUGACCUAUUUAAGAUGUCUAAUGCUAUAAUGACAUAUUUGGUACAGUUUGACGAUGCAACGCAGGUGAAUGGUAUAGUUGUGCUAGACGACCAAACCAAUGUGUCACCGAAAAUGACUGCUUUUCUGGGAUUGGAUAAUAUUGUAAAAAUACUUUCUUUUUUUCUGAACAAGUACCCAAUUAGGAUGAAAGGUUGGCACUUUUACAAUGCUGCAGUAGUGGCCCAGACGGUGAUGAGUGCAUUAAAACCGUUUUUACCACAAAAAAUUCAGGACAGGAUGUUCAUAUAUGGGAAUAACAUGGAGGAUGUGUAUAAACAUAUCCCAAUGAGACUGCUGCCGUC